UAUUUUAAGGAAUCGUGGUCUCUGAGUGAAAUUGUUUGCUUCUUUUUCAGUAGUGCGAUCUGACGACUGUCACAAAGGCAUAUAAACCCUUUAUGCAUGGGCUAAUCAAAUUAAUUAAUUAAUCGCUUCUCUUAUCUUUUAUCAUCUCAAAGUUGGUAGAAGCAAAGCAAAAAUCUCCUGGCGAGAGAGAGAGAAAGAUCGAUCAUGGUUGGACCAGAAAGACCUCAAAUCGUUCUUUUCGGUUCUUCAAUUGUUCAAUAUAGCUUCACUGAUCGUGGUUGGGGUGCCACUCUCGCUGACCUCUACUCUCGCACGGCUGACAUCAUCCUUCGUGGCUAUGCUGGUUGGAAUUCUAGGUUUGCCUUGAAGGUUCUUCACCAAGUCUUCCCAAAGGAUGCUGUGAUACAACCUUCUCUGGUGAUAGUCUAUUUUGGUGGGAAUGAUUCAACGCAUCCUCAUCCAUCAGGUCAUGGACCUCAUGUUCCUCUAUCUGAAUUCAUCGAAAACAUGAGGAAGAUUGGAGAACAUCUUUUGAGCCUUUCCGAUAAGACUCGUGUCAUUUUCCUCACUCCGCCGCCUAUGAAUGAGAAACAGAUCGAAGUCGUUUUUGGAGAUGUAAUAAGAGGCCGGAGUAAUGAGCUGUGCCGUCCAUAUGCAGAAGAGUUGUUAAAUCUAUGCAGAGAGAUUAAUGUGAAAGGUAUCGAUAUUUGGACCGCAAUACAGCAGCAAGAUGAUUGGUUGAACAGCUGCUUCACAGAUGGGAUCCAUUUCACAGCAAAGGCAAGCGAGAUUGUUAUUAAGGAGAUAUUGAAGGUAGUGCGAGAAGCGGAUUGGAAACCGAGUCUUUACUGGAAGUCGUUACCGGUUGAGUUUCCAUUUGAUUUUGAUGUUCCAAACUCCAUAAGCCUUAAUGACCUAGAGUUAACUAGGAACAACCAGUUUGAGCAACCACACCCUGGAAGCCUCUGUGACCAAGAGUUAACCAGAAACGAGCAGCAGCUGGAGCCACAACACCCUCUAAGCCUUUCUGACCAUGAGUUAACCAGAAACGAGCAGCUGGAGCCACCACCGCCUACUGCCCGAUUGUAAAACAACUCAGAUUAUGCUUCUACAUUGACAUCUUGAUGGUGUAACCAGUUUCACCCUUUAUUUGCAUCUGGAUAUUCACAUUGCUAAUUUAACAUUUUAUAAGAAUGUUUGUUUUGUAUCAAUAGUUUCGCAGGGUCUUCGGAUUAGAACACUUUGUUCUCACUAUUGUGCUUCAGAUAUACAAAACAAAAUGCAUUCCUAUAUA